GUUCCUUGCUGACACCCCAUCCGUUUACUUGCGCAGAAGCCAAUUGCGAUUGCGAUACGACCUGUUUCUUCCUGAACUGCAGGCAUCAGCAAUCUUCUGUCACUUUCUUUCUUGACAUAGCAUUGCGUGUCAAUCUCCCGCCGUCACAAGCGCAAGCCCAGAACUAGUUCUUUUUCAACCCUCCCCUCCUCCUAAAAGUCCUUCUUUCUUCCCUUUCUUCUUCACGAUGAGCGAUCCGUCCAUUUCGGCACAGCGCUCCUACGGCGUGGAGUCGACCUCUUCUCACCCUCCUCGCGACCAACCUGAUCCUACUGUCACCGGAAAUGCCUCAACGGGACUCGCCGCCUCCUCUCCCGCCGGCACCGCCGAACUCUCCGGUCUUAAGAUAAGGUUGCGGAAGGCUCUUCGACAAUUCCCUGAUUUCCCGUCGCCUGGAAUUUUAUUUGAAGAUAUUUUGCCCAUUUUUGCGGACCCUCACCUUCAUGCCGGCUUGCUGCGUGCCAUCGAGAUCCACAUUUUGAACACUUUUGGAGGCGAGAAGCCUGAUGUGAUUGUUGGUUUGGAUGCCCGAGGUUUCCUCUUCGGCCCCAGCCUGGCUCUCCGGCUAGACGCUGCUUUCGUCCCCGUUCGCAAGAGAGGCAAGCUGCCAGGCCCUACUGAGGUGGCCGCCUAUCAGAAGGAAUAUGGCCAGGACUUCUUCGAGAUGCAAAAAGGUGUGAUCAAGCCGGGCUCGAAGGUCGUUAUUGUUGACGACCUCAUUGCCACUGGUGGAUCUGCUGCAGCCGCUGGAGCCCUCGUCGAGAAGCAGGGUGGAAAAUUGCUCGAAUAUAUUUUCAUUAUGGAGUUGGAGUUCCUUAAAGGUCGGGAGAAGCUCAACGCUCCGGUCUACUCGCUUUUGACUGGCCAGAGCUGAAUAAUGGAAGCACUUGGGAUCUGGGGUUCAGCACCAUUUGAUCCCGGAGAGGUUCUUUGAAGCACAAAAUUUACAGCAUGCUGUCUUCCCUCGAAUAAAUUGGGGUAAACCUGCGGUUUUGAAAGAGAUAUAUAUCCCCGUUCUUUUUGAGGGCAUGGCAUGAUAGUCACCGGCGUUGAUGUGAUUCCCCCUUUCCGCUCUCAAAGAGAGUGAAGAAGAAGAAAAUUACCGGCCCUGAAUGCAGAACAGCGCGCCUGGCCGCAUUUCGUAGGCCAAGCUAGAGUAGCCAUC